UUUUUACCUACUCAAAGUUUCUACUUGUUUCUUUGUAUUGGGUACUCAACAAGUACCAAGGAAUUAUCUUUGGGCUAUAUUCUGUUUGUGUAGCUUGAUUUGAGUUCUGGGUUUGCUUAAUUUGCUUCAAUUUUAGUUGGGUUGUAGUGUUUUGCGGUAGAAUUCUGUUUUGUACUUGUAUUUGGGAACUAGGGUUUUUGGCAGAGGAAUUUGGGAAUUCGAGGUAGUAUGUGCCCAGAAAAAGGGAGUAACUUUUUUUUUUUUUUUUUUUUUAAUCCAAGAUUUUACUCUGAAACCUUGGAGGCUCAAAGUUUGUUGAUUUAUUUUUAAUUUCUUUAAUUUUUGAGUACACAUUUUCUGUUUGCAUCUGUAUUCGAUUCUGGUGGUUUGCUGCGAACUGAAGAAUUUUUCUCUCUCUCUUUUUUUUUGGGUCUGGGUUUGGUCUGAUUUUUUUCUUUUCGGGUGUUAUGAUAGAAAUUUGUUUAGUAAAGCUUAGGUUUUUAAAUUUUUUUUUUCUUUUUGUUUUCUUAUUCAUUUUGUAAUACAAAGUAGAAUCUUUGUUUGCCUAUAUUUAAGAUUUGGGCAAUCACACAACAGUCAACAUAGACCAACGAGUGAACAUGAAUUUUACUAAUUUAACUAAAUUUAUACCUUCCCCAGAAAAUGUAUAGGGAAUUAGUAACUUAUUGGUGAAGUUGUAUCCCCUUGUUAAAAUAUGCCUCUAAGGUAUUGGACUCAUGUAAUCUGUAUUGGCAAUUCAAAAUUACCGAAGUUUAAGUAAAACGGAGCUAUUUGAUAGGCUCAUUUAUUUGAAGAACUUGUAGGGGGAUAGUAGUUAAAUUUAAAUUCAAUUCUAGAUAAUACUGGUAUUUCCUCCAUUACUUACACAAAUCACACAUAUUCCACAACUUAAGAUUUCUCUUCAAACACGGCAACCUUGGUGAUUUCAUUUCCAUUGGUGCUAUUUCCAAAAGAAAGUUGUAAUUGUAUUUAGCUUUUACAGGUUUCUUUGUUAUUUCUUGAGUAGAUUUGACUCCACUUAGUUAUAACUGGUUAGGCAUUGUUAUAAUUGUUUGCUAAAUGUAACUGGUAAGGUAAUGCAAUUACAUAUCUGUCUGCUUACACUUGGCUUAAUCAAAUCAAGGACCUUUUCUCACAGAUAUUUUCAUUUUUGUCAAUACGUCAUUCUUUUUAAUUGGUCAUUCUUGGUACCGUCCUUUGGAUUCAAAAACCUAUUAUAGUCAUUAUACUUUCAUGGGGAGCUUAUACCACUUUUAGGUGCCAGUCGAGGGUGGAGCGAGAAAUUUAAGAGGUGUGGGCAAUUAUUGAGCAAAAUCUAGCAAGGGGCUUGUAUUUUGAUACGUGGAGAAUGUUCAUGUUUAUGGAUCACCUUGUAUAUUCUAUAAUCAUAUAGAUAUAUAUGUGUGUGUUCGUGUGUGACGUAUUUAUAUAUGAACAAUGUUGUUUGACCAAAAAAGCAGAGGCAGUGUUAGCGUGUAUUGAUGUGGAGUUUUACUCACAAAGUACUACCUGAGGUAUAAAGUCAUGCAGAUUGUGAAGGAAAAUAAAAUGUAUACUCAUGGUUGCUAGUUAUGUUACUUUUUGUUACAAAAGAUUUCAAGACUUUAUACGGAUGAGGGAUAUUGCUGCUUCUGUCUACAUGUAUUUCUAAGGGAGAUGAAGUUUUAAUUGACAAAUUUCCUCUUGAUUAUAUUGAGUGCAUAUAUUUCAUGGUCAACGGUAGGCAAUUCUUUUUAGUGUUUAGUACAGAGUCAAGGCCUGUGAGAUGUGAUGUCUAGUGAACUGUUUGACUCUUUAAGGACAAGAAAUUAGGUAAUAUUGGCAUGCCCUUGGGUCUUAGCUUACCUUUAAAUGAAAGUGGGGACACAUUUGAUCUACAUAGAAAAAUCUCCUCUCUUAGGUGGUUAACUGUAGAUAAUUUCAGCAAUAUUUAACACCUCUGCUACGUAGUGAGUACGUACUGAUCAUGCGGGAACAAACUAUCUGGAUGAAAUAUUAUCUUGCCUAUAUUCUCUAAUGCUUAUAUUCAAAACUGGCCAUGAAAUAGGAAUUUCAGGUCAAAUACCUUUUAUGCAAGCAUCACAAACUGAGUUAAAUUGGUUUUGAAAUAAAUAAUGUUUAUUUUCUUAUGUUUACUUUUUAUUCCUUUUCAUAUUGUUCUAGUUCUUAUAACCCCAUAAAGUUCCCAUAUCUCUGCCCUUGUCUUUCUUGAAAGGGGAUGUGAAAACUAAUGAAAUUAAAACCUUAAAACUGUUAUAAAUUUUUAAGACAUAGAAUGGUAUAUGCUUAAGUUUGUUCCUCUUCCCUUUUGUCUCUUUCUCUUGCAUGUAACAUACAUGCAUGCCUAAAGGCAGUUCACUGCUGAGGCUCCUGCCAGUGUGGCAUUUAAAGAGGGCAAGAUGUGCACAGCCAUACCCUGUUUUCAGAGAGGUUGUUUCCGGAACUCGACCCACGACCAUCAGGUUGCUACGGCAAGGCAUUCUGUUUCUGCCAAUAUUUUACCCAAGAAGGGAGUUACACCAAGGAAAAAUGAUGUCACAUUCAUUUCUCCAACUGGGGAGGAGAUUAACAAUAAAAAACAACUGGAGCAGUACCUAAAAUCACAUCCUGGUAACCCUGCAUUGUCGGAGUUUGAUUGGAGCACAGGUGAAACCCCUAGGAGAUCAUCCAGGAUCAGUGAAAAGGUCAAGUCGACUCCCCCACCAGAGAAUGAGCCUCCAAAGAAAAGAGGCCGGAAAUCAUCAGGUUCAAAGGACAAUAAAGUGGAGACUACUGAUGCAGAACAUGGUACGAAUGACACUGAAAUGAAAGAUGCAGAGGUAGCUGAGAAGAAAGAUGGAGAAGCUGAGAAACAGGUUGAGAAUGGAGGAAAAGCACCAGAAGAAACUGACCAAAUUAAGACCACAGAUACCAAAACUGAAGAAACUAUCCCAGAGGAUGGUAAGGAGACUCAGACUGAUGUUAUGGAAACUCAAGGUGGAGAGAAAGAUGAAAAGUCAAACAGUGUUGCAUCAGAGGAACAACCUGCUGAAGUAGCUUUGGCUACUGAGGUAACUGAAAACAACAAGGAAAAGGUGCCACAAGCUGAGGGAGAGGAAGGAAAUGGCUCUACUGACAAGAAACAGGACAACACAACAGCUGCUGUGAACAUUGAAGAAAAUGGAGCACCAGAGAAAGAGAAUCUGAAGGGAAUAGCACCAUCUGUGGAGGAAGAGAUCAAAGGGAAACAAGAUGUACCAGAGGUCGAUGGGAAAAGCGAUGCUCCAGCUGAGGAGAAAGUUAAGACAAAGGAUGGGGAGGUAGUUGAAAAUGGUAAGGUUGACCAAGUGGUUAAACCUGAUGCUGCAUAACAUCCAUAGGCCUUGCCUCGAGCUGCUGAAUAUACUCUACUACCUCUCCACUGAUCUUGUGAAAUGGACUGAAUUACCUUUUAUUGUAUGCAGGCUCUCAGUGAUCUAUGUUGAACUUUUUGCUCCUAUUUUAGUAACUCUGGGACUUAUGGAUAAUUGCAAUGUUGAUGUUAGAUUUAAUUGUAUGUAGGGAACCAACCUGUACUCUGGUAGAAUAGGUCGUACAGGCAGACUCUGCAGCCUUAUGUUAUGCAGAUGAGCUUAGAAUUUAGAAUGCAAGAGAUUGCUUAUUGGGUUGGCGCUUUUUCUUUUGUCGUGAACUUCGUUUGUAACUUUGUUAAUGUGACUAAUGUUUAGUAAUUUCUUGUGUUGCUUUUGUUGA